AUGUCGUCGCUCGAAAAGGAGAUAGCAGCCGAAGUGCCGAAGGACCAAGAAGCAGUCAACCCGGGGGCAGGUCCGGCAACACCCCAAAAGCCCCUCUCCCGCUUCACCCGCUGUUACCGCAGCCCCCUCUUCAACGUCAUCCUCGUCGGCUUAAUCUCCUUCACUCAACCCGGCAUCUGGAACGCCCUCAACAGCACCGGCGCCGGUGGCCAGCAGGAGCCCUAUCUUGUCAACGGGUCUAAUGCCUUGACCUACGGGUUGAUGGUCUUCGGCUGCACAAUCUUCGGCGUGCUCUCCAACCGCAUCGGCGUAAAAAAGGUCCUAAUCAUCGGCACAUUGGGGUAUGCGCCAUACUCGGCCUCGUUGUAUGUCAACAACCGGUACGGCACGGAGUGGUUCGUCCUGUUUGGCGGAGCGACCUGUGGUAUUGCGGCUUCUGCGCUGUGGGCGUCGGAGGGAGCUAUUGCGCUUGGGUAUGGUGAUGUGAAGGAUCGGGGGAAAUAUGCCGGCAUCUGGCUCGGCCUGCGCGAGUUAGGCCAACUCAUCGGUGCCGCUAUCCAGCUGCCGCUCAACGUGAGCACCAGCAGCCGCGGGAAGGUCAGCUACACGACCUAUCUCGUUUUGAUCGCCCUGCAGUGUCUGGGGUUGCCGUUGGCGCUGUUGGUGUCCCCGCCUGAGAAGGUUAUCCACAAGGAUGGCACGCGCGGCCAGAAUGAUACAAAGUCGAAAAAGAAGACGACUCUGGAAGAAGAGGCUCGCAAGACCUGGGCGCUGCUGAAGCGGAAGCAGAUGUUCCUCUUGAUUCCGAUCUUGAUUGGGUUUCAAUGGAAUACGGUGUACCUGGGGAUUUACAUGACUAAAUACUUCUCCGUCCGCGCCCGCACCCUCGGCGCCCUAGUCUCCGGAAUCGUCGCCACUCUAGCCAACAUCUUCUGGGGCUGGUUCUACGACCUCAAGUACUUCGGCCGGCCCACACUGGCAAAAGCCUGCUGGGCCUUCUUCGUCGUCACCAUGCUGGCCGUGUUCGGGUGGCAGGUAGCCAACGAGAAACUCUACGGCGAUUCCAACCCGCGCGUCACGCUCGACUGGGAGAACCCCGGCUUCGGCCGCGCCUUUGGGUCCAUGAUCAUUUUUCGGUUCUUGAACGAGUCGCAUUACAUGUUCAUGUACUGGAUUGUGGGCGCGUUUUUUGACGAUCUCGAGACGCUGACGCUGGCGGUGAGUUUGGUGCGGACGUUUGAGUCUAUUGGGUCCUGCAUCUCGUUUGGCAUUGGUGCGGCGUCGGUGUCGCCUAUGGUAAACCUGAUUAUUUCGUUUGCCAUGUUUGGCAUCACCAUUCCGGCUACCUCUUGGGUUGUGUUUAUGGUGCCGGAACGGCCGGUGGAUUUGCGCAAGGAAGAUGGGCAAUCAUCGACGGAGACUGAAAGUAUCGAGGCCUCUAAGGUCGCUACGCAGGCUGCUGAGCUGUCGAGCGUUCCUCGUCCGUGA